AAUACCUUAAUGGAAUAAUUAAAUAGUGAAGAAUAAGUAAUUAUUGAAGAGAUUAAUCAUUCUGAACACACCGAAAUACAUAUCAUAGAAUAUAUAUGUUACCCCUUCUACCUCGCCUUGCUGUGUCUCUUAUGCAUACUAAUCAACCUCAACAAGCGCAAAUUUAGAAGAAGGUAUAACAUCUUGCCACUUAUUAAUAAUAGAUAUCGAGUGGAUGAGAUAUUCCUCUUCAUUGCAGUUUAUUUGUUCAAUGUGUUGAUUACUUGGAAUUUCUUUGAUUUCUUUGACAAAAUAGUGAGAUUCAUCAUAACCCUAAUCAUAAUCUUCGGCAUUCAGCAUUACAUCGGAAGAGUGCAAAUUGUAGGCAUCACAGGAGGAAUCGGUUGUGGCAAGUCCACAGUGGCCAAAUACUUCAAUGAAUUCCUUAAAGUCCAAGUAAUCGAUUGCGAUCAAAUUGCCAGGGACAUUGUAGAACCUGGCAAACCUGCUUAUAAACUUAUAGUUCAGAGAUUCGGACUCUCCGUCCUAGCAGGUCAAUAAGAUGGACAGCCUAUCGAUAGGUAGAAGCUAGCAGAUGUGGGUAACGAGUAUUGAUUAGCAUUUUCAGUAUUUCAAGACAACCAAAAAAGGAAAUAAUUGCAAGCUAUUACAAAUAAAUUCAUUUUUAAAGAGAUUGCUAAAUCCAUAUGGAAAAUCUGCUUCGUCCAAAAGGAUCAAUAUGUAGUCAUUGAUGCUCCACUCCUAUUCGAGAGUAAAGUCUUAGAGUAUUUCUGUUUCCCCAUUAUCACUAUUGUUGUGACUAGUCAAGAAGAAAUUAUCAAAAGGUGAAUCUACAUUCUAAUUAUAGAGUCAAAGAAAGAAGUGGCCUAACCGAAGAACAAAUAUUACAAAGAAUUGAAUCACAAAUGAAGGCAGAAAUCAAAAUCAAAAAAUCAGAUAUUGUUAUUGCAAAUGAUAAGUCUGAAAAAUCAUUGAUAAGACAAGUUCAAGAGAAAGUAUUUGAGUACUUAAUUUGAUUUUGAAGUAAUAUUUUGAUAUAUGGUGC